AUCUUAUUAAUUACGGAUGGUUAUUAUACGUUAUUAAAUAAGGAGUACGAGGAGAGAAAAAUGGAUGAUAGAGCUAAAUUUUGCUGUAAGGCAGUACUUGGAUACGCCGCGUACAUAUGCUUAUGGGUGUUCCUCAUUGUAUAUGUACAAGUAUGGAGACACACCCACGCCGUCCCGAAAUUGCCGCAUAUCUCCGUCGUGGCAGCGGCGGUUAUGGAAAACUAUACCUUAACCGGCGACAAUCAUUUCACCGGCAGCUUCAACUUCACCGUUGAGCAAUACAACCCGAGAUCAGAUAAAGGCAUUGUUCUCAGCUGGAGGAGCACAAACGCGUCCCUGAAUUUAGGAGGAGCUGCCCCUGCCGCGCAGGGGCAGCUCGCCAGCACCGCCAUUUUUGACCUGUUCGCGCCGCCUCAGUCCGCCUAUAACCACGCCCUCGAUCUGCAUGCAGAGGGCGUGGUUCUUGACGCCAGCACCUCCGCGGCCCUCAAACCCGCGGCGGGAGGCCCAACCGCGAAGCCCGUCCCCGCGGUCUUAGACAUUCAGACUGAGAUUUGGUUGGAUGAGGGAAUGGAUUCUGGGAUGCUUCAGGCGACGUGCAAAUUGUCUUACUCUUCUGAGGGUUUUGCUCUGAAGGACCGCCGCAAGUGUGCCGUGGUCUGCCAUGAUUGCUGCUGGUACAAUAGCUAUUUGGGGGAACAAAUGUGUAAGAAAGUGACCAAGUGAUUAUACAUAUGUUGAUGGGAGACAAAGCUGGACAAGAAAAAUGAAUUAGCGGAUGAAUUAUCCAACAUCAUCAUUUAUAGAAUUACAUAUUUCUAGUUAAGAUAAUGUAAACUUUGCAACCCUACAAAAAUUUCACUUUAUUUAUAAAGCUUCCACUGCAUUUUUCAUUCAUGUAGUGCAUAUUUCAUUUUGAGAUAAUGUUCAAUUCUUAAAUUCAAUGUCC